CGGCACGACCCUGGGUCAGACAUGGCCAGCUGGGUGUUCUGUAACCGCUGCUUCCAGCCGCCCCAGGCGACGUCGUGCUUCAGCCUGACCAACUGUGGCCACGUGUACUGUGACGUCUGCCUGCGCAAAGGUAAAAGGGAUGAAUGCUUGAUUUGUAAAGUUGCAUGUCGUACAAUUCUACUUUCAAAACAUACGGACUCCGACAUCCAGGCGCUCUUCAUGGGCAUAGACAGUCUGUGCAGGAAGUAUGCCAAGGAGACCUCCCAGAUCUCAGAAUUUCAAGAAAAGCACAGGAGGAGACUGUUAGCCUUCUAUGGAGAAAAGAUUUCUCAGUUGGAGGAGUCCCUCAGGAAGUCGACGCUGCGGGUGGAACAGCUGCAGAGGGUGAGGUCGUCACAACAAGCAGUUUUCAGCACAGUAAAAACUCCAGCUUCAACGCCUUCAGCAAGGCCAAACGGACCUCUGUUCCAGUCCCGUGACUCAUCAGCCUCUGAAAGGGUCGAGUCCAUGGAAGUUGACCUCACACCCUCUCCAAGGAGAAAGCCUGAGGUCACCGCUGGCCCACCGAGGAUCUCCCUGCUCAGCCCACCUCGGGAUGGACGCAUGGGCAGCAUCGCCCAUCGCCCUCAGCACCUUGGCCUGAUGCCCCGAUGCGCCAGCGAGCCCCAGGCGCUCAGGAUCCCGGCCCUGCAGAUGCCCUGUGAGUGGCCAAGGCAGAGCCCGGCACCCGCGGCGGGCAGAGGAGCAGCGCCCAGGCAGCCCAUCAGCAUCUCGGGGCUGAUGCAGAGGCAUCAGGGCCUGCCAGCCUUGGGGGACUUGUGCACAAGUGAGAGCAGGCUCCUCCCGUCUGGGUGUCCGCGGGGGGCUCAUGCAUGACAGCAGGCUCACCCCCGUCUGGGUGUCCAUGGCGCCGGCCUGCCUCUUCCUGACAGAGCGACUCAGCCACAUGAGUGAAUAAAUGGUUUUUGGGCUCUCCAGGGCAGCAGUGUGACGUGUCUGCUCUUCAUUCUGUAGAACCUUCUUACGGGCAGCCAGCCCCCACCUCCCUGCUGGGGACUGUGACAGCCUUCGGGGAGGCGGCAGACUGGUCCAGGCCGGCGGCUGGUGGUGUAGCCUCACGGGUCGGACCCACCCCUGGGCCCCAUCACAUGCAGCUUGUCUG